GGGCGGGGGCCGGGCGGAGGGAGCAUAAAAAGCCCCCAGGGCGCGCCGGGAAACCCGCUAGCGCUGCUCGCCUCGCCCGGCCCCUCCGAGACCGCCAGACCCCGCUGGUGCCCUUGAUGUCAUCAUGACGUGGUCCCCCCCAGCCACCCUCUUUCUGUUCCUGCUGCUGCUAGGCCAGGCUCCUCUCCACAGCUCACAGGCACCAGGCACCAAGAAGCUCCGUCUGGUGGGUCCAGCAAGCAGGCCAGAGGAAGGCCGCCUGGAGGUCUUACACCAGGGCCAGUGGGGCACCGUGUGCGAUGAUGACUUCACUCUCCAGGAGGCCACGGUAGCCUGCCGCCAGCUGGGCUUUGAGUCUGCCUUGACCUGGGCCCACAGUGCCAAGUAUGGCCAAGGGGAGGGGCCCAUCUGGCUGGACAAUGUACGCUGUCUGGGCACCGAGAGUACUCUGGACCAGUGCAAGUCUAAUGGUUGGGGUGUCAGUGAUUGCAGCCACUCAGAAGAUGUUGGAGUGGUGUGCCACCCCCAGCGCCAGCGUGGCUUCCUCUCGGAGAGGGUCUCCAAUGCCCUUGGGCCCCUGGGCCGGCGGCUGGAGGAAGUGCGGCUCAAACCUGUCCUUGCCAGCGCCAAGCGGCACAGCCCAGUGAUUGAGGGUGUCGUGGAGGUACGAUAUGAGGGCCACUGGCGACAAGUGUGUGACCAGGGCUGGACCAUGAACAACAGCAGAGUGGUGUGCGGGAUGCUGGGUUUCCCCAGCCAAGUGCCUGUCAACAGCUAUUACUACAGGAAAGUCUGGAAUUUGAAGAUGAAGGAUCCCAAGUCUAGGUUGAAAAACUUGGUGAAUAAGAACUCCUUCUGGAUCCACCGGGUCAACUGUCUGGGGACGGAGCCCCACCUGGCCAACUGCCAGGUGCAGGUGGCUCCUGGACAAGGCAAACUGAGGCCAGCCUGCCCAGGUGGCAUGCACGCUGUAGUCAGCUGUGUGCCAGGGCCCCGCUUUUACUCACCAAAGGGGAAGCCCCAACACAAGGAACCCCGGGCAGUGGAGCUGAAGCUGCGCCUGCGCUCUGGGGCCCAGGUGGGUGAGGGCCGGGUGGAAGUGCUUGUGAACCGCCAGUGGGGCACCAUCUGUGACCACCGCUGGAACCUCAUCUCUGCCAGCGUCGUAUGUCGUCAGCUUGGCUUUGGCUCUGCACGAGAGGCCCUGUUUGGGGCCCAGCUGGGCCAAGGCCUGGGGCCCAUCCACCUGAGUGAAGUGCACUGCAGGGGCUAUGAGCAGACCUUCAGUGACUGCCUCGCCCUGGAACGGCCCCAGCAUGGCUGUCAACAUGAGAAUGAUGCUGCAGUCAGGUGCAACAUUCCAGAUAUGGGCUUCCAGAAUCAGGUGCGCUUGGCAGGUGGGAGAAGCCGCGAGGAGGGCGUGGUGGAGGUGCAAGUGGAGGUGAAUGGGGUCCGACGCUGGGGGACCGUGUGCAGUGACCACUGGGAGCUCAGUGAGGCCAUGGUGGUCUGCCGACAGCUCGGCCUAGGUUUUGCCAACUUUGCUAUCAAGGACACCUGGUACUGGCAGGGGACACCAGAGGCUGGCGAAGUGGUGAUGAGUGGGGUACACUGCUCAGGGACGGAGUUGGCCCUGCAGCAGUGUCAGAGGCAUGGGCCUGUGCACUGCUCCCAUGGCACUGGGCGCUUUUCAGCAGGAGUCUCCUGUACCAACAGUGCUCCAGACCUGGUGAUGAACGCCCAGCUGGUACAGGAGACGGCUUACCUGGAGGACCGUCCCCUCAGCUUACUGUACUGUGCCCAUGAAGAGAAGUGCCUUUCUCAGUCUGCUGACCACAUGGAUUGGCCCUAUGGACACCGGCGCCUAUUGCGCUUCUCCUCACAGAUCUACAACUUGGGCCGGGCUGACUUUCGUCCCAAGACUGGACGCCACAGCUGGAUUUGGCACCAAUGCCACAGACACUACCACAGCAUUGAGGUCUUCACCCACUAUGACCUGCUCACACUGAAUGGCUCCAAGGUGGCACAAGGGCACAAGGCCAGCUUCUGUCUAGAAGACACAAACUGUCCGACAGGUCUGCAGCGGCGCUAUGCAUGUGCCAACUUUGGGGAGCAGGGAGUGACUGUAGGCUGCUGGGAUACCUACCGCCAUGACAUUGACUGCCAGUGGGUGGACAUCACAGAUGUGAGUCCAGGGGACUAUAUCUUUCAGGUGGUUGUGAAUCCCACAAAUGAUGUGGCAGAAUCUGAUUUCUCCAACAACAUGAUGCGCUGCCGCUGCAAGUACGACGGGCAACGGGUCUGGCUGCACAACUGCCACACAGGAGAUUCGUACCGAGCCAAUGCAGAAUUUUUCCUGGAGCAGGAGCGACUCAGGAAUAACCUUAUCUGAAGCCAUACCAGCUGCUGCCCACACACCAGAUACCUCAACUUAUUGGAGCCAAGUCCUUCAAGGUCCUGACCCAAAAGUAAAAGGGGCCAAUUCCAAAGGGCACCAAAAGGAUACUCAGGAAGUCUUUUGAUGGUACAAUCACCAAACCUGAAUGAUACUGCUCCCUCAUGAUGGCUCUGGGCCUGUCCCUGGAGAACCUGUCGUCUACAAAAUAUGGUUUUCAGGCUUUGGUCAACUAAGUUCCUCUUCUAUAAGGCCACCUAAUCUCUCCUGAAACCUACUGCAGAGUUCCUGGCUUCUGGAGCUCUCAGUUCCAUAGGGGUUUACUAUGGGCACAGUCCCCGAUCUAAGCGGUACUAUGAAAAUGUACCUAAAUAUACAGAAAGUGGGGCUAGUUCUCCAGGAGGGGGUGAAUAAAUGUAACUGUCAGAUACAAAUGGCAGAGGCUGUUGAGUGCAAUCCCUCACCUUGUCCUCAUUUAGCACUCACUUCUCAUACUUCCAGGAGUGUGCUCCUUAGUGUUUUUACCUUUACCCUGCCAUAUAGCUGGGUGUUUCUAAUACCCUAAUUUAAGCCUCAGGAAUUACAUUACUUCCUGAUGAGUCAACACCAGCAGUUACUGAAUGCUUGAGAAGGAGCAAGUUUCACAGAAGUGGUCAGAUACGGCCUCCCUUUGCAAAGCAGCAGAAGGCUUGAGGUAAUACAGAUCCCAGCUUGUGUCAGGGUCUCUGCCGAGGGAAGAAAUGUGUCGGGCAAUCCAGUCUCUCUGAGGAUCACCACACAUCUCAGGACUGGCCUAAACUUCAGAUCACAAUCAAAUCAGCUUCAUGUUGAAUGAAUUUCUGCAAUGGAAAGAACCUUGGUCAAGCAAGCUCUAUAGGAACAUUAAGAUGGGCUGUCAGAGAGACAAAAGAUUACGGAGAAAUCAGAAGGGGGACAUUUAAUUAAGGACUCAAUCUGGAAAAGGCCACCAUCCCUACUUGAUGUGGCAGAACUAUGCUCUUAGUUAGGUGGUAUAAAUCCCAUGGUCUUCUUAAACAUGUUCAUCUUCUCUGUACUGACACACAGAGAUAUCUUUAUAAGUCUGACACAUUAUUGCAAUAAAAGUUUCUCAUUAUAGAUUGCUAUAAA